AUGCUAGAUAUUUGGCAGAGGAUACAGCGUGAACUCACAAUAUGUGCCAAUAUGAAGCAUAAAAAUAUUCUGCCCGUCUAUGGUUAUACAACUGGCUUUGGCCCAUUUAUGGCGAUAGUCAGUCUUUGGGCGGAGAAUGGAAACUUGACAACCUAUUUGAAGUGUCAGGGUAAAGCUCUUGCUGUUGUUGAACGAUUCCGGAUUCUCAAUGAUAUCAUAGCUGGUCUGCAAUAUCUUCACGACAACCAUGUCAUCCAUGGUGACUUCAAUGGGAAUAAUGUCCUCAUCUAUGGUGAUGGCACCGCUUGCAUUGCCGACUUCGGUCUUUCUUUACAGUAUUCCGAGGUUAUCAGUGCUUCUAAGGCUCCCUGGACUUCGGCCCCGAUCCAAGGAAACUUGCCAUGGAUGUCUCCUGAGCUAUUUGAAGAGCAGAGGGAUGGUUCUGAAGUGCGGCCAAGCCAGCAGAGUGACAUCUAUUCGUUCGGCGGUAUCAUGUUGCAGGUCCUCACCAACGAAAUUCCCUAUUAUUACACCACACGCCAACUCACCAUCAUCGGAUGGAUAGCACAAUCAAAAAAACCUGACCGAACCCGUUACCCUGACGUCCUUGACAAAUAUUGGCAAUUUAUUGAGCGGUGUUGGUCUACCGUUCCUCAAGAUCGUCCGUCGACAAAGCAAGUUGAGAUAGAGAUCAGGAACGAAUUUUCCUCGCUGUUAGAUCUCGCUGAUUCUUGA